CUCGCAGACAGGGCAGAGGGCAAGGUCCAACUGCAGGUCUCCGGGCUCCCCACACCUGCCUAUCCACAUUCCAGCGCAGCUGCAAGGUCACAGUGAGGACCCUGACUUCCUCUGUCCCCUCCCAGGGCUCAGGAUGGCGGGUGGGUGAGACAGGCAGAGCGGACCCUGGUGGCAGCCCCUGACUUCUGUCACCAGGGCCAACAUGCCUAUCACCUCCACCCCAGGUCCUGAUGGAAGCGGACUGAGACGAGCACGGCAGGUGCCCAGGGCCGGUGCACCUGGGCACAGUGGUCCCAGUCCUGUGCGGUCAGCUGUCAGGCACCCGCACCCACCAUGAGGCCAUCAUGGAAGGAGCGGAUCUUCAUGGUCCUGCUAGGGGUGGCCACAGCCUCAGGCCUCACUGUGCUCGUCCUCAUCCUGGUAGAGGCGACCAGCGUCCUGCUGCCUGCAGAGACCAAGUUCGGGAUUGUGUUCGAUGCUGGCUCCUCCCAUACAUCCCUUUUUGUGUACCAGUGGCCAGGGAACAAAGAGAAGGACACUGGUGUUGUCAGCCAGGCCUUAGCCUGCCAGGCAGAAGGGCCUGGGAUCUCCUCCUAUGCCUCCGACCCCGCACGGGCAGGUGAGAGUCUGAGGGGCUGUCUGGAAGAGGCACUGGCACUGGUGCCGGCAGCUCGGCAGGGGGAGACGCCUGUCUUCCUGGGGGCCACAGCUGGCAUGAGGCUGCUCAGGCAGAAGAACAACUCCCAGGCGAGGGACAUCCUCACAGCUGUCUCUCAGGUCCUGGGCCAGUCUCCCCUGGAUUUCUGGGGUGCUAAGGUGCUGACUGGACAGGACGAAGGAGCCUUUAGCUGGAUCACUGUCAACUACCUGCUGGGGAGGCUGAUCCAGUACUCCUCUGGACAGUGGAUUCAGCCCGCCGAGGGGACACUAGUGGGCGCCCUGGACAUGGGCGGGGCCUCCACCCAGAUCUGCUUCAUGCCCCGUGGCCCCAUCCUGGACCAGAGCAGCCAGGCCACCUUCCACCUCUAUGGCACCAACUACAGCGUCUACACGCACAGCCACCUCUGCUUCGGGCGUGACCAAGUGCUGCUCAGGCUGCUGGGUGGGCUGCUGCAGAGCAGCCCGUCUGCCUUGCUGCGACACCCAUGCUACCACAGUGGCUACCGGACCACCCUGCCCAUGGCCACCCUGUCUGAGUCGCCCUGUGUCCACACCGUGACACCCCUGGACCCCACGCAGAACCUCAGCGUUGAGGGCAUGGGCAACCCUGGGGCCUGUGUAAUGGCCAUCCGCAAGCUCUUCAACUUCAGCUGCCAGGACCAGGGAGACUGCGCCUUCAACGGGGCCUACCAGCCCCCUCUGCAGGGGCAGUUCUAUGCCUUCUCCAACUUCUACUACACCUUCCAUUUCCUCAACCUCACCUCCAGGCAGCCGCUGAGUACUGUGAAUGCCUCGGUCUGGGACUUCUGCCAGAGGCCCUGGAGGCUGGUGGAAGCCAGCUACCCUGGCCAGGAGCGCUGGCUGCCGUACUACUGUGCCUCAGGGUUGUACAUGCUCACGCUGCUGCGGGAUGGCUACGGCUUCCAAGAGGAGACCUGGCCCAGCAUAGAGUUCCAGAAGCAGGCAAGCGGCACUGACAUUGGCUGGACACUGGGCUAUAUGCUGAAUCUGACUGGCAUGAUCCCAGCCGAGGUACCAGCUGAGUGGCGGGCACAGAACUACAAGGUCUGGGCAGCUGGAGUGGCAUUUGUAGUGCUGACCCUGGUGGCUAUUCUUGGGGCUGCUGCAGUCCAUCUCCUCUGGCUCCAGGACUAGCCAGGCCUUGCCAGGACAGACUGUGAUGGCCACAGCUGGGACUCGGGAUUGUCUGAGGCAUCGCCACCUCGGCAGCCCGGGUUGGUGAGCAGCGCUUGAGAGAGAAGCAUGGACGUUGUGUCCCUUGCUGUGGCCUCCCUGUCCUUCUGCCAGACCCUGGCCCCUCUGUCCCCAGCCACUAGGCAACUAGGCCUUCCUGCACCAACCAGCCAAGCCUCCAGAACCCUAAGGUUGGCAACUGGGACCGCUGUUCCCUGUUGUGACCAGAGGACCUGCAGAAGUGGCACCAUGGGCCCGUGCACCCCGGUGCACCCUCCUAGGAGUCCACAGGACCCCUCCUUGCCGAGGCCACACACACAACACAUGGUGGUGGUGUUUUUAUUAAACCUUUCGCAACAAGA